AACUAAAUAAACUCAACUAAUCACUCUAAUCCAAUAUAUAUCCCACUUCUUCCUCAGAAAAAGAAAACAUAUAUAUGUAUAUAUAUAACAGACACGCAUAAGACUCCCCCUAUUUAUUUGUCCCAAAGAUAUACACCCGUUACAUGAUAAGCUUAUGUAGGAAGAAAUAUUAGCUAAAAUUAAGGUUUCUUUCUCUUUUCCCUUUUUGGAAAUCGAUCCAAAGUUAGAUUGUAUUAUAAUAAUAAUUCAUUCAUUUUUGUGUUUGUGCAAUUUGUUGAAUCCGAAAAUUCCAAAGAAUGGGGCAAGGGAAACCUCAUAAUGUUCAAGAUCAAAUGAAGAAAAGAGACGGUGCCAAGAUUAUGAUCCAUGAUGAUGAUGAUGAUGAUGAUGAUCAUAAUCGUCAUGAUCAAUUCCCAUCUUCUUCCAUUGGUCAUCUUCAUCACGUUGAUCAUGAUGAUGAUGAUGAUGAUACUGAUGAUGAUUCAAGUAUUUCAAAUGGAUCAUCUUCUUCAAAUGAUGAUUUUGAUGAUGAUGAUGAUGCAUCUUCAACAAUUACAUGUUCCACGUCCUCAAAUUCUAGUACUGGAGCUUUAUUUGACUUGUCGGAGAUCAUGGCUCAACUCCCAAUCAAGAGAGGGCUAUCUCAAUUCUACAACGGGAAAUCAGAUUCAUUCACAUGUUUGUCAAGGGUGACAAGCUUAGAAGAUUUGGCAAAGAAAGAAUCACCUUAUAAUUGCAGAAGGAAGAAGAAUAAGGCAGUUGCAUAUAGAUUAUUCACUCUUCCGAGGCCAGUCAUUUCCAAGAAAAAUACUAGAGGGACCUCACUUUCAACAAGUAGCCUAAGAAGAAGUUUCAUCAAUGCUAACUGUAUUAGGCCUCCACAGAUUCCUCUUCACAAGGGCUUCAAUGGUGGUUAAUUUGUUUAUUCUUUUUGUGGGCAUGUCGAUUAUCAUCAAGGAAAUUUUUAAUUUUUUUUCCCCUAGGAAAAUAGAGCUUCAGAAAUUCUCAGGAAACAUGAGUAUAGCACCUUUGUACAUUUGAGGCACGGGAGGGAAUUGUACGUACUCAUGAACAUUUCAUAUGUUACCCAACUCACAUUCUUUGCUUUGUUCCAUUUAGUCCUUCUCUUUAUUUUGUUUCUGACUUAUUAUAGUUGAAAAGUUUAGAAUCUUUAUACUAAUUUGCUUCCCACCAUAUCUUUUUGUUUGAGACGGCCCUUUAUUUAUUUCCCAUUGUAGUGUGUGUGAAAGAUUCC